UCCCUUCUUCUUUUAUCCUCAGCUUGCAGUUCCAAAAAAACUCCAAGCUUUAUAACUUACAGAAAAAUAAAAUAAAAACAAAAAAAACAAAAUUAACAUUUUCAUUUCACAUUUUUGCUUACAAGUUACCACAACAAGAAACAAAUUACAUUAGAAUCAUUCGCAGCGAAAAUGCAGGCAUUAUCUCCGUCUCCAACCACCACCGCCGCCUCACCUAACCCACUCCGAACUCGGCAAACCACCACCACGACUCGAGUCACCUUCCACCCGAGUCAACUCACUAUCCGAUGCUCCGCUUUCGGUAGGAACGGUGCCGUUACUGGUACACGCGCCGAUUGGCAAAGCUCGUGUGCUAUACUCGCUUCCAAAGUCAUCUCUUCCCAACAAAACUCCUCCGCGGGCGGAGAUGGCAGCGAGAAACCUGAUGAAAUCACCACUGUGAACGGCCAUAAAACCCUCAGCCUACUUCCAAUCGUCUCAACUGUCACCACCGCCGCAACAACCACCACAAACAACCUCCCAAAACCUCUUUCUCUCUCCACUGACUUCUCCCCAGCUCCAAUGCACGGAAACACCCUCCGCGUCGCUUAUCAGGGCGUCCCCGGCGCGUACUCUGAAGCUGCCGCCGGGAAAGCAUAUCCCGGUUGUGAAGCCAUCCCUUGCGAUCAAUUCGAAGUGGCGUUUCAAGCGGUGGAGCUCUGGAUCGCCGAUCGGGCAGUUCUUCCGGUUGAGAAUUCCCUCGGCGGUUCGAUUCAUCGGAAUUACGAUCUUUUGCUUCGUCAUAGGCUCCAUAUUGUCGGGGAGGUUCAGCUUCCGGUUCAUCAUUGUUUGUUGGCUUUGCCUGGGGUGAGGAAAGAGUAUCUGACGCGCGUGAUUUCACACCCGCAAGCGCUAGCCCAGUGCGAGCACACGCUCACCAAGCUGGGGUUGAAUGUUACUCGAGAAGCCGUUGAUGAUACUGCUGGCGCCGCUGAGUAUGUUGCUACUCAUGGGUUGAGGGAUACCGCCGCCAUUGCCUCCGCACGCGCCGCCGAUUUGUACGGUUUACAGAUAUUGGCAGAUGGUAUUCAAGACGACUCAGGAAAUGUUACUCGGUUCGUUAUGUUAGCCAGGGAGCCGAUUAUUCCUCGAACCGACCGGCCUUUUAAGACGAGUAUAGUGUUUGCUACUCAUGACAACAAUGGGGAAGGCAAGGGAACCUCAUCCUUGUUCAAGGUUCUUUCGGCGUUUGCCUUUAGGAACAUUAGCCUUACCAAGAUUGAGAGCCGCCCCCACCGCCACCGACCUAUUAGGCUCGUUGAUGACGCUAAUGUAGGUACGGCCAAGCAUUUCGAGUACAUGUUCUACGUUGAUUUCGAGGCUUCAAUGGCCGAGCCUAGAGCUCAGAAUGCGCUUGCUGAGGUUCAAGAAUUCACAUCUUUCUUAAGGGUAUUAGGGAGUUAUCCCAUGGAUAUGUCACCGUGGUCUCCGUCACGUCCUGAUGAUCAAUAAUAUUAAAAACUCUAUAAACGUACAAUAAUUAGUGUUGUUGUGUUCAUAAUUCUUGAUCCUCAACAAGAUGGCAGAGGGUGGAAGAAUCAUGUAAGAAGAGAGAAAACUGUUUAUUUUGCUUAAUUUUGUCCUUGGGAUUAUUUUAUUUAUUUAGAUAUAAAUAGAUUAAUAGAAUUGUUUAUAUGUAUUUUUCUUGGAAUUUAUUUUAAUUCCUUAAGAAAGAGAUGGAGUAGUGGUGGACCAGUUUAUGAUGGUGGAAAAUUGUUGGUGAGAAAUGUACAUGUAGAAGAUGUUGAUUAUUGUGAUCACGAUGUACCAACUUUCUUUUUUUAAA